AUGAAGGUUGCAGGAUUUAUAUUGGGUGCUUUGAUACAAUUCAGCCUUACUGAAGGACAUGUAGAACAGAAUGAAAAUGCCAAUCUAACAGAAAUGUGGGGCGAGGACUGGCCCUUUUCUGGAAUUCAAACCUUUGCACACUUACCUCACCACAAGUGUUUGAUCGAUAUGGAAAAGAAGUUUGAUAUAGGGGUCAUAGGAGUUCCGUUCGAUACAGCUGUGAGCUUUAGAGGGGGUGCUAGAUUCGGGCCACAGGCCAUUCGUAAGGCAUCCCAACGCCAAACUUCGAUGCGCGGGUUCAAUUUCCGUGCAGACAUCAAUCCAUAUCAAGAUUGGGCUUCUGUGGUCGAUUGCGGUGACGUUCCAGUAACACCGAUGGAUAAUUGCUUAGCGUUGAAAAUGAUGACUGCGGCAUAUGAGAAUCUUUUGAGCCAUGAAUCCCAGACAAGCGACAAUAAUUUACCUCCAAGGUUUGUCACUCUGGGCGGUGACCAUAGUAUCAUCUUGCCAGCGCUACGUGCUCUAAGAAAAACUUACGGUCGUCUUGCUGUCAUCCAUUUCGACUCUCACUUAGAUACCUGGGCACCUUCUAAGUACCCAUCCUUCUGGCACAGUGAUACUUCGGAGUUUACUCACGGUUCAAUGUUAUGGAUAGCUCAUAACGAAGGUUUACUCACUGAAAAUAACAAUAUCCAUGCUGGGUUGAGAACCAGAUUAAGCGGAUCUAGUUUCGAAGAUUACGAUGAUGAUGACAAAGUCGGAUUUCACCGUAUCGAAGCAGACGAAAUUAUGGACGGCGGUAUUAAGUCCAUUGUUGAAAAGAUCAAAUCAAAAAUUCCUAGUGAUGUCCCGGUCUAUAUAAGUGUCGAUAUCGACGUUUUAGAUCCAUCUGCAGCACCAGGUACAGGAACUAUGGAAGUCGGAGGAUGGAUGACUAGAGAAUUGAUCCGUAUUAUUCGUGAACUAGAAGAUCUCAACCUCGUCGGUGCAGAUAUUGUUGAAGUAUCUCCACCAUUCGAUCCUACUGAAAUUACAUCGUUAGCUGGUGCUCAAAUUGCAUACGAAUUGAUCACAAACAUGGUGAAGAAAGGACCAAUAGAUCCAGAGCUGAUUAAGCAUAAUCUUGAAUUAUCAGAUAAGUUGACUCAAGGACAACAAUUGUUAGGUUUUUCAAGCCCAACGGAUGAACUAAAUGACAAAAUCCAAAAAGAACAAUUUGUUUUGCAAGCCUGA